CACAGAUUUUGCAAAGAAUGCCUCGAGGAACAUUUUAGAAGGCAGAGAGAUAAUGACCAACCUUGCAACUGCCCUACAGACAGAAUGGACCUGAACCAAGACCUGGAUGUCUUUCCAGAUAAAGCAACAGAAAGGAAGAUUCUUUCUUUUUUCAUCAAAUGUCCAAGUGAAGGGUGUGACUGGACUGGUGAACUGAGGAACAAAAAGAAUCACUUGGCAACUUGCUCUUGCAAAAUUGUCUCCUGCCUAAACAAAAACUGUGACAUCACUAUGCAAAGGAAAAAUCUUAAACUACACAUGACCACAACGUGUCAGUGGAGGAUCAUUCAAUGUGAACACUGCAGCGAGCCGCACCCAAAGUGCCAGAUGGAGGAUCAUAUUAAGGAAUGCCUCAAGUUUCCAUUACCGUGUCCAAACAUUUGCGGUGUUUCUAUUCCCAGAGAAAAAAUUCCAGACCACGCCACAAACGAUUGUCCAUUGACAUUAAUUCCCUGUCCUUAUGAACAGAUAGGCUGCAAAAGAAAGGUAAACGUCCAGGUUUUAGGAUGAAAUAUAUGCACGCAUAACGAAUGGAAUUUCACGAUUUUCAGUAAUGCGAAAUUCCAUGAAGAUAGUAAGUAGAUUAGCACUGAGAUGUGGAGGAUGAAUCAUGUUCACAUGUCGCUUCAUCUAGAGUUACGUUUUCCUUGAGGUGGCUCAAAACAGUUUCCAGCAGUUAGAUUUGGAUGGGUCAUUAUAACCACUCUUUAUCACUUGAUGCUGCAAGCAUGGUAUCAAAAAACUGC